AUGCUCUACGUUCUCGCAGAGAGGCUGCUAGACCAGAGGACCAAAGACCUGACCCUUGCAGCGAUUUCUUACCCCGCAGAAGAACAAAAUCGCGUGCUACUGGGCUGCCCGAGCGUCGUUUCUGUCCAGGUCAUCUACGACGGUACGCCCGACAAGAAUUCAGUUCGUCAGCUUCUUGUUCAACUAUACACCGACUAUGGUGCUGGCUUCAUCUUCAACAGUAACACGUCAGACGAACUGCCGAAAGUCUUCCUCUUUGAGUGGUCGAAGGAUUUGCAGCGCAAGCGCAAGAAGCCGUGGCAACAUGAGGACACAGCUCAGCAGCUUGACAAGACGAUUGAAGACUACAACAACCUUGCUCAGGAGCAUAACGAUCUCAUCGCAAAGCACACCAUGAUUGAAAGGAAUGUGGCCAAGACUCAAACAGACCUGAAAAAGAUGACAGAAGAGGGCAACGCUCUGAGCGGCAAAUACACCACUGUCAUCAACGAGAAUGCGUCCAUCAGAAGCCAGCUCGCUACCACAACAAGACACGUGAAACUCCAAUCGGACCUUGCGGUCUCACUGAGAGUCGAUCUGAUCCGUGCAGGAAAUAAGAGCGAGAAACUGCGCAACAAACGCGAGGAAGUGAAAGAAAACGCGAAAAGAUUGGAGGAUCAAUUGGCUGUAUGCGACCAGUAUGUUCCUCCCAACGCUCAAGCCGGGUAUCGCACGUGGCUGAUAUCAUCAGCUGCAAACACGGCUACUGCAGUAAUUGUGCCCUACAAGGGGAGAAGGGUCGUUUGA